AUGUUCGCCAAUCUGAUAUUCUUCUGCUUGGCAGCUGGUGCUAUUGCCCAGUCGUCAGCAUCAGCUAGAAGCGCAUCCUCUUCAUCAGCAUCAGCGUCAUCUCAAGCUUCAUCAUCUGGGAAUUCCGGAUGGACCUAUGGUACGUGUCCCGAAAUUGUUGGGGCGCCUCUUGAUAUGAACAAAAAAUCUGGAUAUUGGUAUGAAGUUCAACGCAGCGCUAACGAUAACUUCGGCUUAGAUAGAUGUGUCAAAGCGAUUUGGCGGAAACCAGUCAACGGCGUCUCCAAUGUUAUAAACAAAAGUUUCUCAACUGUCGCUAGCAUAACUGAGACAACUGUUUUACGAGUGGAACAAAGAGGACCAAAAAUUUAUUUCACGUACCAUGUUCCAAUUUUGGGAACGAUCAUACCGAACCAUGUGUACCUGGACAUCGAUUACGACAAUUAUGUGAUAGCCUGGACCUGCGAAAAUCGCGGAAACCAACAUCGUGAAACAGUUCUUGUGCUAUCAAGAUAUCCGAGGUUACCCAAUAACAUUUACCAGGCGGAACGUAAUGCAUUCGCUAAAUUCAACCUCACAAUGCCACAAAUGGUCAGCAACGACUUGUCAAAUUGCCGCCAACUAUAUGAUUCUUAUGAUUAUGGCAACUAUAUGUAA